AGGAAAACAACUUCACUUUUUACGGACGCUGUUGGGAAAAACACAAACACCGGACGACACAAUGCCGGAGCCGAGCGGUAACGAGGGCGACAACGCCAAUCUGUACGCGCGCCUGCAACAAUCGCAACUGAUUCGCGCCAACAUACAAAACAUUUCGCAGUUCCUCAACACCGGCCUUAGUCCCGAAACGCUCGACAUCUGUGUGAAGCUACUUGAGGCCGGUGUGCACCCGCAGUCCCUUUCGGAGUCCGUCGUACUGAUCCGCAACCAGAUGGCCGCCAUCAGCAAUGGUGAAGGGGUGGAAUAGGAAGCGUGAAUAAACUUUUAUUUUCAA